GCUGUUUGCAAGUUGCAUUGGGUCAGUUUCGCCAAGGGGUGGGGAGAAGGGAGAGCGAGGGGGGGGGGGUUGGGGUCACUGUUCCACCCCCUCCCCUUCAAAUCUGAGCAAUAGCUCAUUUUUAAAUUGAUUAUGAUUAAUCCGCACGUGUGAAUGUAUCAGCAGCCCCAGUCUCUGGAUUGCUGUGGAGGACUGGGUAAUGUGGAUUAUAGUAAGGUUGAUUUCUCGGCCAUGGCCUUUCUCCUCAGUUACGUGGACGUGACAGACUCAAUUUUUGGGGUCACUGUUUUCUUCAUUGCCUUCAAUCCACUUUUCUGGAAUCUGGUGGCAAGAUGGGAGCACAAGACCCGGGCUCUGACCCGCACCUUCCGUUCCCCGUACACCGCCUGCUACUCCCUAGCGGCCGUCAUCCUGCUGCUUAACGUUUUGCGGAGUCACUGUUUUACGGAAGCAAUGAAGAGCCAGCCGAAACUAGACGCUCUGGAUUCCCUUCCUGCUUACUAUGCGGGAGCCGGACUCGUGGCAGUCGGCGUCGUGUUUGUUCUCUCCAGCUUUCUCGCACUGGGCUUCGUUGGAACGUUUUUGGGCGAUUACUUUGGGAUCCUCAUGGAGGCCAAGGUGACUUGCUUCCCGUUCAGCAUCCUGGACAACCCGAUGUACUGGGGCAGCACCGCCAUCUACCUGGGAUGGGCCCUCAUGCUCGCAAGUCCAGCUGGGCUCCUCCUGACAGCCGUCGUGGCUCUGUGCUACACAAUUGCUUUGUGCUUUGAAGGGCCAUUCACUGAAGAAAUCUAUCGCCAGAAAGCAGUCAAGAGUCAAUAGCUGCGUCUACUGUGGGGGCAGAGGUCUGGGGAAAGAAAGGACAGGAGGGUUCGGAAAUGAGAAGCCGGUCUGCUGCAGCCAACCCCACCGCCCCUAAGCAAGAAAAUUCGACGGGAUACAAAAGCUCGGACUGAGUUCUAAUUCCGCUUGGCUGAAACUUCUUCAAAAGGUGGAAGCCGGGGGCGGGAGGGGGGGACUUUGACACUUUGUAAUCCCAGGAGCCCGUCUCCACCUCUGGCUUUCAGCAGGUUCCAUUAAAUGCAGAAAUUUGAAAAGGCUAA